UGGGAAUCAACAGUUAGUGCUUUAUCCCAUAAAGGUGUUUGCAGCUCUUCGAUAUGAUUUGCGGGAAGUUUUGCGGGUUCGAGGCCAGCUGUUGUACCUGUGUGUUACUGAACAUUUUGAGAUCAUGCUGCUGCUGUCAAUUCUCUGGGACGACUUGUGUAAACAGAGUGCAUGCAGUGAUAUACAUUGGCCGGUCGUGCCAAGAUAUAUUGGGGCCCAGGCUUCCUAAUGCCUCGGAUGUGAGUACUCCGUGCAAAAGAUUUGUUGGGAGGGGGACUUGUAGGCAGGUAACCAGCCUCUCUUUAACGGGACUCUUGGGACGCCUUGUUAGAUUCUGGGGUACAUGCAGUAGCCAAGCCGACGAGUGUGGGAAUACAUAACUCGCAUCGAUACGAACACGUACCAGCACUGGUUGGGGGGGCGAUUCGCCGCGUUGCUCUUGCUACCCCUUGCAGCAUUCGGGUUGGAGGGGAGGGGGGUUCGGGUUCCUUGUCAAUCAUCAUCCAUACAAGCUGUACAUGUUCGUUUUGUA